GGCCGCCACGCCCCGCCCCCACGUUUAGCCCUGUUUUGGUUGACUUGGAAACCGUCGCAGCGUCGUUGGAGGAUCACAAUCACUGCAGGGAUUAAAGCCUUCCUGCCUGGAUUAAUUAUGCACCUUUUGCCCUCACAAUGAGAGACAUAACGGUGUCUGAGGAUGCCAGUAGGUGCGAGUGAAGACCGGGCAAAGACCCGGGAAAGAUUCAACGAAGUCUUCAAGAAAUACUCUGAAUCAGACAAGAAAAAGUUAAAGAAGAAAAACACUGAAACUCAGGAGACUAUUGUGCUUCAGAAUCUAAAAAAGAAUCUAAACCUUGAGAAGGACACAGAAGAUGAUGAGACCAUCCUCCAGAACACAUAUCACCCCGAACAGGGCAGCCCUCGCUACACCAAGAAUAAGAGAAGAGAGAAAGAAACAGUGGAAAAGGUCAAUAUCAACAACAGUAGAAACGAAGAGGAGACUCAGACGUCAAAAGGUAAGAGGAAAAGCAGGAGAGAGCUUCCCCCCCUUCGUGUACCUGAGGAUACCAAAAGUUUCACCCAGAAAGAUGCGGAGGCUUCCAAGUCUGAGAUUGCUUUGGAGCCAGAUGAUGUAGGUGCUGGAAAGGAACCAAAGCGAAAAAGUAAAAAGGGGAAAGGCAAGGGAGAUACAGAAGCCAAGGCAGUGAGUCAAGUGGAGGAUGCAGAGGACAAACUGCUGCAUGAAUACCAGCAGCAGAUUGCACAGAAUGAGGAGAGGACUUUAAAGACGACAAGCACCAAGACUGAGGAAGAGAGCGCUCUCUCCCAAAAUGUCUCGCUAAAUAACGAUGUCGGAAAGAAGAAAAAGAAAAAGCUGAAAUCUGUAAUUACACAGCCAGAAAUAGGGGAUGAUGAUGAGGAUGCUGACCAAGAUGCUGAAGUGGACAGCGAAACUGAAACCAAGGGAAAGAAGAAAAAGAAGAAGAAAAAACAUGUUGUCAAAGAAGAGAGUGAAGCUGAGACAGAAGUUCCACAGAAACCAACAUUUGAUGACAGCCUUGUACUGGGAGUGUACAUCCACAGAACAGAUCGCCUCAAGACGGACCUACUGAUCUCACACCCGAUGGUGAAGAUACAUGUUAUCGAUGAAGUCACUGGACAGUAUGUGAAGAAGGAAGACUGCCAUCGGCCAGUCUCCUCAUUUUAUGAGCAAGAGAACGUUGACCACAUUAUCCCCAUCAUGACUCAACCAUUUGACUUCAAGAAGAACAAAUCAAUCAUCCCUGAGUGGCAGGAACAGAUCAUCUUUAAUGAACGCUUUGGUUACUUUGUUGAACAGAAUGAUGAAAGACCCAGAGUUAUACUUCUCUUUGAAAUCCUGGACUUCAUAACCAUGGAAGAAGCAAGAGCCAACGUUGAUGUUGACAAGCAUGAGCGAGGAUUCAGAAAGAUUGCAUGGGCAUUCCUCAAGCUUGUCGGCACAAAUGGUGUGCUGAAUAUCGACAGUAAACUUCGCCUCCAGCUCUUCUGCCCUCCACCUCGGGCAAAGAGACAACCCAAAACAAUCGAGGUGGUCGAGUGGUGGAGGAAGUACCCUCGAAACAAAUACACAUCCACCCUUUAUGUCACGGUGAAAGGCAUUAAACUCCCUGAGCAUGUGGACCCUGGUAUUCGGUCCAUGAUGGCACUGCAGGAGGAGAGGGGUAGCACCUCCUUCAGUGAACUACAGAAUGAGGUCACCAGGAGAAGCCUGACUCAGCCUCUAGACAUCAAGCCUCCAGCCUUGAGAUGGAGCAGGCUGCCGGGACAGGUCUGUCGGAUUCCGAACAAGUCCAUGCUGUCAUUCCGUGGUGGUCGGAUGGGCUGCUUCACAUUGCUCUUCUCUCACACCGGGACGAUGCUGGCUGCUGCUUGUGCUGACACAGAUGCUUUCCCUGUAGUAGUGUAUGAGAUUCCCUCUGGCCAGGCUUUGGUUGCCUUCAGUGGCCAUCUGAAAAUAGUCUAUGAUCUCUGCUGGUCCAGAGACGAUCGGAGCCUUUUGUCUGCCUCCUCUGAUGGAACUGUCCGAGAGUGGAACGUGGAGCGGCUUCAGGGAACGGCCCAGAAGGUGCUCCCUCAUCCAUCCUUUGUGUACUGUGCUCAGUACCAGCCCACAGCCCAGAACCUGGUGGUGACGGGGGGCUUCGACGCUCUGGUACGAGUGUGGAGGCUGGAUGUAGACGAUGUGAACGGCCAGCUGCUGCAGGAGUUUGAGGGUCACAACAGUUUCAUCAACUCCAUUUGUUUUGACUCUGAAGGAAGAAGAAUGUUCUCUGCGGACAACACCGGCCUAAUCCUUGUGUGGAAAACUACAAUUAAUGACAGCAAGCGGCAUCCACCAAGUCAGCGCUGGUGUAUAGAGAAGAAAAUUGAUGAGAGUGACCUCAGGGGCGUCCCCAUCAACAUGCUGCAGCUCCAUCCAAACGGGCGGUGCCUGCUCAUCCAUGCCAAAGACAGUGUCCUGAGGGUGAUGGACUUGAGAAUCCUGGCAAUGAAGAAGUACACCGGAGCCACAAACUACAGAGAGAGGAUCUAUAGCACGUUCACGCCAUGUGGGAACUUCAUCUUCUCUGGUAGCGAGGACGGGAUGGCAUAUGUCUGGAAUACAGACACAGGUGACCAAGUUGCCGUCUACUCUGAGCUUUUGUACCGCACUGCUCUCCACGGCGUGUCGUUCCAUCCUCACGAAAACAUGGUUGCUUUCAGUGCCUUUGGUCAGAGCCAGCCUGUCCGCCUGUACCUGUACGAUCGCAAAGUUUCCCAGCUGGAGGUGCACAAUAUAAGAGCUGGGAGCAGAUCAGCUUCUACAGACACCAAAACCUUCAGAAACACACCUGACACCCCAGCGUGUCAGGACACGUCUGCUUCAACCAUGGAUCAGUUUGCCCAAGCAACAAGACUCGCAUUGAAAAUGCAAUGUGUUAAGGAGCAACUGAAUUCAGUGCUUGAUCCACAUCAGAGGUCUUCAACUUCUGGAUACAUUUAUGAGCAAGACAAAAUGAACAUUACUCACACAGGGAGGAGCUUCACAAUAGAUUCUGGCACAACGGGAUUAAAUACUUCGUUACCACCUCCGUCCCUCCUGUCGCCGCACUCCCAGCUGCAGUUCUCCGGUUCUCUCGCAGAGCAGCUAAUCCCCCAGGCAGCUCUGAGCACCCAGAAUCGCGGGUUCAGUCCAGUCGGUCAGCGUCUAAAAGGAGCUUCAUCUCUCAGGCUACAGACGAGCCUCCCUGACCACAUUUCUUCAGGCAUCCAUGUGGAAACAGAUCCUGUCCCUGUUCAACAAGUAGUCGUCUCCCUCCAUAACUACAGAGCAAAUCGGUCUGAUGAACUGACCAUACGCCGCGGUGACGUCAUCCAAGUGCUGUACAAAGACAAUGAGAACUGGUGGUUUGGGAGUCUGGCCAAUGGGCAGCAGGGAUACUUUCUGGCUUCUUAUGUAGCAGAUCAGAGAGAUUUCAAUGAAGAGGUGACUGAGGCACACGCAGCCUCGACUGAGGGGACUGUUGAGAGGUCAACACCAACCAGGGUAUCUGCUGCAAUUAGUUCUUCUGGGGAGCUUAGGUUUCUUUCUGAGCCGACCCUUUCUGACACCGAACCAGAGUUGACCAGUGCCAGAGCUAGAAGGAAGAAGAAGGUGAAGAAGCCAGGAGUACCUGCUCUUUCAUCUCAAGCCACAUUUUCAGAUGCAGAUGCUCCCAGGUCGGCGAGCACCAGGAGGAGAGGCAGAUCUACAGACAGGCCUCUCCCAAAGAAACCCACCGGAAGGACUAAUGGAGCUUUCGAGCCCGAUACAUAAACUCACGGACACAUUGCUGUUUUCAAUUCGAGUGUUUCAACUUUAACUCUUAUUUUUUCAUAAAUUGUAUUUUUUUUUAAAAUUAUAAUAAAUCUGACAGAUUUGUUGUAUUUUUACCGUUUUGCUUUUUAUAUUUGUUUAUGUGAACUAAAUGAGUAUAAGUCAGUGUGUUCUGAAUUGUAUUUAAUACAUAUUGAUCAAUGAAAUGUAAAGACUUUUCACAUAGAAUUGUUGUAUGUUUUACAUAUUUAUUGACAUAAGCAUGAAUUGACUAUUGUGUACAUUUAUACUGAAGAUAUGGAAUACCAAAUGUCUGUAAAAUGUAGUUUAUUUUCUUAGCCUGUAAGAGAUUAACGUUUUUUUAUACGCCACUUCUACACAGCUAUAUAAGAAUGCAGAUUAUUCCUUUCCACAUUUUUAAUCACAUGUAAAGUCAAACUUUUUAUAUAUAAAAUGUUUAAAUAAAUAUGCUUACGGGUUAUUUUGAUUAUGUAUGCAUCAAUUUUUUUGGAAUGUCCCUGUAAAGCAAAGCAAAUAGGAUACUAAUUAUUCUGCUUGUUGCUAUUAUUUUACAGACUUAUUUGAGCCAGUCAAGUCAACUUACCAAUAAAUAAAUGUUAGCGCUAGCAUAUCAUUAUUUUAUAUUCAACGUUUUGAUUAUUUAAUACAUUUUUAUUUUAAGAUUCUAAUAGCAAAGGGAUAUUGAUUUUAUUGCGACACAAUUAUUUUAGGAUUUAGGCUUGUUUCAAAGGAAAACUGGG